AUGGCUCCCAAAGGCUCUUCAAGUAAAAAAGAUGAUUAUAAAAAAGCGCAAGUCAAGCAGUGUGGAAAAUGGAAAGCAAGACCUCCACACAAAUUUACACAGGAUGAAUUACAGAUUCUGAAAGGAUCAUUUAAAGAGAAUCCUUACCCUAAAUACAGCACCAAGGUGGAACUUGCCAGAGUACUUCAGUGCCAAUUGUAUGUUAUUGAUAAUUGGUUCCAAGGUCAAAGAUGCAGACUACCACCUGCAGAGAAAAAGAGAAUCUUUGCCAUGAAGAAAUUAAACCGUUUUCUUGUCCAGAAGUCUCAGUCGCUGCUCUCCCCUAAUAGCCUGGCGCAAUUAGACAACUCUUCCAUACAGGACAACACCUUGCAUAACCAGGAGACACUACUACACAGAGGUGGCUUCUUUUACCUGGAAACACAGGCCAUUCCCAGUGGACGUGUUCCCUCAGGUGAUGCUGCAUUCACAGGUAUUCACGAGGAUCCAAGAAGUCCCCCGGAGUUUCAAGAUUCCCCAGAAAGUGGAGCUUCUUAUAUUUCUCCACCAGCCAAAUUUAUUUAUUCUAAUACAUCUUUUCAGUAUUUUGAAAGUGCCAAAUAUGAGCCAGAAAAUAGCUACUAUUCUUUGCCCUUUACUUCCCAUGAUAUUUUCACUGGUCAGGGGACAGGCCAGCAGCAAGAAGAGCACAAGGUCUAUUUUCAGUGUAUGACAUUUCAAGGACAGCAGGGAAGCCCCUGGGAAAACCAUGUGCAGCAGCUCCCACAGCCCCAGUAUUACCAAGAGUAUUACCAGUUGUCAUCCCAUGACCAAUUUUUGGCAAACCAGAAUCCAAGUGACUUAGGACAACAGGAGCCCAACCUUGCAUCGGAACAGCAAAGUGCUGGGGGUUCCCUGAGCUCUCUGCUGCAGCAGGCGCCCAUGCAAAUAGCAGGCAGGUCUCCAUCACCUCUUUGGUAA